GUUUAGCAGUUGCUCCUUCAAACGGUAACCAUGGCAGUUCUUGUGUCACUUUAGGGUUUCCAAUCGUACAGUAAUGGCGUCGGAAGAGAUGGAUUUGGUUCCACCGCAGAAGAUGGAGAACGGAUUGAAUUCGCAGAUGGUUUUCCAGGACGAGACCUUGCAGUUCUCUGGUCGGAAAACUAGAGAAAUGAGCGGUUUUGCGGAUGAGAAGAUGUUUUCGGUAGAGCGAGAGCAGUUCUUCCGGUCACCGUCGGAGGCGGAAUUUCGUCGUAGUAUCUUUGAUAGUUCGCCGGGACGACAGGAGCAACCAGAGAAUCAGAACUGGAAUAAUGAUGAUGGAAGCACUGGGACACCCAGUGGUGCUGGAUCGGAAGGUGAAGACGAAGAAGAUGAUGAUGAUGAUGACGAUGAGGUUGACGAAGGUGAUGGUGAAGUGGAAGGCUUGGUUGCUACCGAUGAUGGCAAUAAUAAGAAUAACAAUAGCAGUAGUAGUGUACAUAUUAGUUCGGAGAAAUUACGCAACAAGAAAGCAAAUUUACAGAAACACCAUUCUUCUUUCGGUUCAAGUAGGGGAGUAUUGGUGAACAACAAUUUCAUUCAUUCUACUAAUAAUAUUAGAGGUAGCCCAAAGGAACAACAGCAAGAGCAUCAGCAACAACGCCAGCAAGGACGAGUCAAUCAUUUUGAGAAUACGGUUGCAAUUGCAGAACCCGAUAUGUAUUAUAUUCAGUUUCCUCAAGGGUCAGAUAGGUCUUCCCUUGCGGAGAAGGAAAUGGGUGGGGAUAAUGAUUGUGGAUUUAGUGGGAGAAAAGAUGGUUCUUUGUCAAGUGAAUCAGGGGAGUCUCUAAGGGCCAUUCUCUCUGAUCCCGUUACAAUGAUGCUUUAUGUACAUGCCAUAUGCAUGGAUGGUAGGUUAAUUAAUUUACUGGCCUGACAUGAACUUCUACUGAAUACCUGACAUGAUCAUUCAAUUAAAAUCUGCUGAGAAAAUAUUGAGUUUUUCUUGCCAUGGGUUUAGUGAUUUAUGGAUGUUAUGUUUCAAAGUUGUUUCUUAGACAU